AUGCAAUUCACAGCAAGCACCCUCCUCCUUGCGGGAGCCACCUUCCUCGGCUCUGCAUCUGCAGCAGGUAUCUUUGCAAUCAAUGGAACCGCCCAACCCGGCUCUUAUGUCACUCUCACCGUCUUGAACGGCAACGUAGGCGAUAACCCAACUUGCAAGGGCACCGCUACAAUAGGCGAUCUUCCUACCUCUGGCGAUAUCACUUGCAAUGCCGGAUACUCUCUCUCUUUCAGCUGGGACACCCAGAAUAAUGGUAUCGCUGCGACAUACGGAACUCCAUCUGCAGCCCCCUUCACCUACAAUGUCCCACCAAUCUCGAAUGAUGGAACCACUUAUUCGUUUGGUUUUGAGGACGACUUCCCCGACGCGGAGGCUUCCAAGAAGUUCGUCGAGUUUCAUGCUUAG